GCUUCGAAGCAGCUACACCUGUGACGGGGCAAAAAACCUGGGAUUAAUCUGGAGUCCAGUCGUCAUCAGGAAUGACCAACACGGAGAUGGCAUCAGUGUGAAAGUUACCGUAUCUGCCAGCAGUCUGUCAGAGCCACUUACAUUCACAUGUGAUGGGGGCUCCACAGUAGAUCUAGUCAUUUAUCAGACUCUCUGUUACAUCUAUGACAACCUCCGUGGCAUAAACGUUGACAACUUUGUCUUGAAGAUAUGUGGACUGGAAGAAUUUCUACAGAAUAAACACACAAUCGGGAGUCACAAAUAUGUUCAGUUUUGCCGUAAGUUUGACGUGGAUAUUAAACUCUACCUGAUGGAGCUGAAGGCAGUUCGCAAGGACUUGAUGCGCACG